AUGGCGGUUGACUUUGGGGACCACGCCAGCGGGUUCCGCCAUACCGAGGUGAUCAGGUUCAUCAACAACGAAGUCCUCCUGAACGGCGGCGGCCCAGGUUUCUACGUGGCCUUCCGCUCCCGGCCCUGGAAUGAAGUAGAGGACCGGCUUCGGGCCGUGGUGGCGGACCCUCAGGUGCCGCACGCCAUCAAAAGGGCCUGCGCCUGGAGCGCGCUGGCCUUGAGCGUGCGCGUGGGCGCAAGGCAGGGGGAGCAGCAGGCGCGCCGGGUCCGGAGGCUGCAGGAACAGGUAGAGGAGCGCGAGACCGCUGCCUGGGCGCUGGCCUCCGAGCUGCAGCGGCUGCGUGCGGACCGAGAGGAAGCGGCCACACAGUUGCGCUUCACGCGGACCGCCCUGCAGCAGGCGCUGUCCGAGUGCGAUGUGCUUCGUGGGCGGCUGCAGCAAGUGGAGAGGUCAGCCCAGGUCAGCCCGCUGGCCCCUGAAACACUGCCUGGGCCUCGAGCUGAGCAGUUUGGGACUGCAGCCUGGCCCCUGAAUGCCGAGCAGCAGAGAGAUGUGGUUGCCAUGGGGCUUCCUAGUAGGUUGUAUUUUGAGGCCCAGGUGCCAGCCCCGGCAACUGUUCUUUACAUGCCAGGACCUCCAGGUCCCUGCGCUCAGGCCGUACAACCCCCUGUGCCAAUGCCGGUGCCAUACCCACUUCCAUUCCAUGCACCUCUCCCAGUGGGAAUCCCUUUCUUGCCACCUCUGCCACCGACAGUAGUCAUGGAUGCAGAAGCUGCAGUAGUCCCGCUUCAGAUGCCUCCUGUGGGGAUUUAUUCAUCUGGUCCAAAUGCUGCAGUGGGCUCCCAGGAGGAGGCGGCCCCACCAUGGGACCAAAAGAGUUCUAGCCAGGAGGGAGGUCCUGAGACCCUCCAGAAUACAGUUCCUGUGGGGAACAUCGGAAACCUGAGCCAGGAAGGUGUAGAGAGAACACAGGGGAUGGUCCCCCCUGGAGAUAGCUGGAGCCACAGCCAGGAAGAAGGUCUAGAGAAGGCCCAGGGCUUGGUCCCCCUUAGGGAGAGCUGGAGCCAGGGCCAGAAAGAAGGUCCAGAAAAGGCCCAGGAGGUGGUCCCCUCUGAGGGUAGCUGGAGCCAGGGCCAGAAAGAAGGUUCAGAAAAGGCCCAGGAGGUGGUCCCCUCUGAGGGUAGCUGGAGCCAGGGCCAGAAAGAAGGUCCAGAGAAGGCCCAGGAGGUGUUCUCCUCUGGGGAUAGCUGGAGCCAGAGCCAGAAAGAAGAUCCAGAAAAGGCCCAAGAGGUGUUCCCCUCUGGGGAUAGCUGGAGCCAGAGCCAGAAAGAAGGUCCAGAGAAGACCCAGGAGGUGGUCCCCUCUAGGGGUAGCUGGAACCAGAGCCAGAAAGAAGGUCCAGACAAGGCCCAGGGAAUGGUCCCCUCUGGGGAUAACUGGAGCCAGAGCCAGAAAGAAGGUCCAGAGAAAGUCCGGGGGAUGGUCCCCCUUGGAGACAGCUGGAGCCAGAGUCAGAAAGAAGGUCCAGAGAAGGCCCAGGAGGUGGUCCCCUCUGUAAACAGCUGGAGCCAGAGCCAGAAAGAAGGUCCAGAGAAGGCCCAGGAGGUGGUCCCCUCUGUAAACAGCUGGAGCCAGAGCCAGAAAGAAGGUCCAGAGAAGGCCCAGGAGAUGGUCCCCUCCAGAGAUAGCUGGGGCCAGAGUCAGGAAAAAGGUCUAGAGAGUCCCCAGGGUAUGGUUCUCCUUGGGGAUAGUUGGAAACUCAGCCAGGAAGAUCCAGAGAAAUCCCAGGAGGUGGUUACCCUUGGUGCCAGCCAGGAAGAAGAUCCAGAGACUUCCCCGGAGAUGGUAUACCCGGGGGCCAGUGAGAGCCACAGCCAGGAAGAAAGUCCAGAAAGACCCCAAGGGAUGGCCCCCUGUGGUGCCACCAGGGACAAUGGUAAGGAAGAAGAUCCAAGAGGGCCCCAGGAGAUGGUACCCCUGGGGGCCAGUGGGAGCCAUAGCCAGGAAGAAGCUCUAGAGAGGCCUCAGGAGGUAGUACCUCUGGGGGCCAGCGGGAGCCACAGCCAAGAAGAAGUUCUAAAAAAACCCCAAGGGAUGGCCCCCCUUGGUGUCAGUAGGAGCAACAGCCAGGAAGAAGAUCCAGAGGGGCCUCAGGAGGUGGUACCCCUGGGGGCCAGUGGGAGCCAUAGCCAGGAGGAAGAUCCAAAAAUCCCCCAAGGGAUGGCCCCCUUUGGUGCCAGUAGGAGCAAGAGCCAGGAAGAAGAUCCAGAGGGGCCUCAGGAGAUGGUAUCCCUGGGAGCCAGUGGGAACCACAGCAAGGAAGAACAUCCAGAAAGACCCCAAGGGAUGGCCUCUUUGGGGGACAACAGUAGCCAAAGCCAGGAAGAAGACCUGGAGAGGCCCCAGGAGAUCUCCCUAGGGGAUGGCUGGAGCGAAGGUAUGAGGGAAAGCCCAAAGAAACAGCAGCCUCAGGGGCAGAAGGCCAAGCAACCCAAAGGGAAAAAAGCUUUGGAUUUCCAGCACCAGGAGAAGUCUGUCUCAGGAUGCAGUCCCGUGAAUUGGGACUGCCCGUGGUGUAAGGCCAUGAAUUUUGCAUGGCGUAAGGCCUGCUAUAAAUGCAAGAAAGUCUGUGCGGCGGGUGAGAGUCGAGGCCUGGACCCAGGACAAAUUCACUGA